CGUGAGGAGGAGGACCAGGAAUACACUCAUGUUCCCCGAGCUCUAGAAAAAACACCUUCAAUGUUAAAACCCCACAAUUAAACAGGCUAGGGGGUAAAAAAAAGAAGACAAAAGCCGCUUUCGUUAUUUUUACGCACCCAUCGUGUAGAGACCAUUAACGGAAUACAAGGGGACAGACAGAUUCAGUCAAUACUUCGAUACUGUUAUGAAGCUAGCAUGAGUAGCGCAGAAGACAGCGGGAGCAAGUGCUCGUCGGGCCCAAUUUCCAGCUUUACCAUCCAGUCUAUUUUAGGGACGCCGUCCGACGCGCCACGCUCCGGAACCAAAGAGCUCUCCAAGGGACCGGCGCCUCCGCCGAGGAGGCGCUCACUGUCGGUGUCCUCCGAGGAGGAGUGCAGCGGCGGGGAGGACUCAGCAGACUGCUUCUGCUCCGACACGGGUCACAGCGAGCCAUGCACCCAGCACCAAACCCAUAAUUUCUCCUGUUUAGGUCCAGCUAAAGGACUUCUGUCUGGAAAUGACGGGCUCGCACGGCGGCCGCACCUGCCUCAGCCUCUGCUGCAGGAUUAUAAGGAGGAGCGGGAGAGACCGUGCCAUCAAAUGUCACCUCUGUCGGAGGAGAGACAGACAGACGGUGCGGACAAGCAGGGCAACUCAGCCAAGAAGAAGACGCGCACGGUUUUCUCCCGCAGUCAGGUGUACCAGCUGGAGUCCACCUUCGACAUGAAGCGGUACCUGAGCAGCUCGGAGCGGGCCUGCUUAGCCUCCAGCCUGCAGCUGACGGAGACUCAGGUCAAGACGUGGUUUCAGAACAGGAGGAACAAAUGGAAACGGCAGCUAUCAGCUGAACUGGAGGCGGCCAACAUGGCCCACGCCUCCGCACAGACACUAGUGGGGAUGCCGCUGGUUUUCAGAGAUAAUUCCUUACUGCGUGUUCCAGUUCCCCGGUCUAUCGCCUUUCCGACGCCCCUGUACUACCCGGGGAGCAACCUGCCAGCGUUACCUUUAUACAACCUGUAUAACAAGAUUGAGUACUGAUUGACUCUAUUGUAUGUUCACCACUGCGGUCCACGUAAAAACACACAUUACAAUACAACAUUCUCAUAAGUGUCUCCACAUAACCGCUGUAUAUUAAUUGUAUCACUUUAUUUGUUGAGGAAAUUCUUAUUAUGCAGCAACUGUACGUCUCGCAAGAAAGCAAUCAAGCUUCCCUACGUGUAUAAAUACACCAUGUGUAUAAUUAAUUGUAAUAUUUUUUGUACUUUUUAUUUUAUUUUCCAUCUACAACCUUGACUUAUAGAAAUAAUGGAGUUUUGCAGUCAUAUCCCAUUCAAGAAAAAUGGCUUCCACAAGAAAUGCUUUUACACUGUUUUUUAUUCAUUAUUGGUUUGUCAAAUAUGUCACAAAGCAUCAGUCAUUUUACUUCACCUGACAGGAAAAGCAUAAUUAUUCCAUUUAAGGAAAACUAUCAUUGUUUCUAUUGUAAUUUAGACCUUCAAUAAUAACCUCAUUCAAUAAAUUUUCUAUUUCAGUGAAAA